AUGGAAUUUUCUGAAUCCGACGUCGACCGGUUGACUUUUGAGUCGACUCAAAAGUCAUCUUCCGAUGUGGACCGGUUGACCGUUGAGAAAUCCCGCGAAACCAUCUUCACGUGCACGCUGUGCAAACUCGAAGCGCGUUACGACUAUCUGGGCCGGCGGCCGCCAUUCGCGCCGCAGAUCGCGUUCCUAGAGGACGGCUACAUCUGCCGUGAUCCAUUCGAGUCCAGCUCGUCCCUUCCGACUCGGAGUCGGCCGCUCUUCCUCGGAUCCUUCUGCUCCCUCUGCCGCGCCCCCGUGUGCUCCUCGCCUGCUUGCAGUUUCUUCUUCUCGCAGCGCUUCUGCCUGCCCUGCGCUCGCCGCAACGCGUCCGCCUUCUGCCCCGAAGCACAGGCCGAGCUCCUCAGAGCUCUCGGGGCGAAAGCCUGA